GUCUUCUCCUCCUCAGGACUGAGUCUUCACUCUGCACGUUCAGAAGCUACAUCCUCGCCCAGUCCUUCUGUGAGAAAUACCAUUGCAUCAGAAUCAACUCAAACAACUGUCCAUGUCACCCUUGCUGCUAGCACAUCAGCAAAAAAGCUACCAUCAGCAACAGCAGGAACGGUGACCAUUUCAAGAGACAAAGUCACCUCAGGACCAGCAGAACAGGGCAAUACCACAAUCUCCUCAGACACCACAAGAGAGUUGUCAGCUACCACUACACAUCUUGCCUCACAUACGGAAAGAGCAAAUGUUUCAGCCACCAGCCCGUCACCAUCCUCAAGCACUGGGUCAGAAUCAACAGCCACAGAACACGUCUCUGGGACUUCAGUUUCCAACCUGAAUACAGCUCCAGAUACAGCCACCCCUCCCACAACAGCUCCAGAUACAGCCACCCCUCCCACAACAGCUCCAGAUACAGCCACCCCUCCCACAACAGCUCCAGAUACAGCCACCCCUCCCAAAGAGACCCCAGCAACCACCUUUUCUCACCUAACUAAGACCUCGUCUUCGUCGUCAUCGGCAGGUUCCUCCAGACAGACCACCAUUACAAAGCAAAACACCCCCCAGCUGCCAAACGGAUCCACAGCAGCCCCCGCUACAGAGGAUGCCUCUACUAAAAAGAUGCCCCCAGAGUCCCUCUCAUCAGGCCCAGUGAUCGGACAAACAUCUCAAGUGACUUUGGCAACCAAGUCGGUCACGGAGGCCGUCUCCAUGGAUAGCACCACUCUCUCCACAGGAGUCACCAUGGAAGAGGUCCAGCGUGCUUUAAGUUCAGGAAGCAUUGCAGCCAUUACCGUAACGGUCAUUGUGGUGGUGCUGCUGGUGUUUGGGGUGGCAGCAUACCUUAAGAUCAGACAUUCUUCAUACGGAAGGCUGUUGGAUGACCAUGACUACGGAUCCUGGGGAAACUACAACAACCCGCUCUAUGACGACUCUUAGCAAAGGAAAGUUAAUUGGGACAAGAAAUAAAUGUUCUUAUUUAUAAGUGCUUAUACAGUAGAACAACAACAAGUCGCCGGGUAUGCAUUCAGUUCCAGUUCCAUGCCAGCUUCUUCUCUUCCUGCUGCUUCUUCCUCUGUUACACAAUGGAAUCAUACUUUUAAAGACAAGCCUAAAGGCUGAAUCACAACUGCAAUGGGACAAAACUGAAGCUGACAGACUGCAAUCACGGUCUCGAAACCAAAGGCAGUCACUCCAGAAGCGCAAUAAAUUUGAGUUUACGCUUUUAAGGAGGAAAUUAUAUUAAAUCUCAGUGAGGGGAUGGGAAGUAAUGACUGAAAGGUUUUCAUCUGUACGGCUUCUGUUCCUUUGAUUCCUCUUUAAUCUUCCCUGUCUGUUCAGAGCGGAUGGGGUUCUGGUCAGAGCUCUGCAGUGCAGUACAGGCCUUCUACCGUUUAUUACCAAAAGAUCAAAACAAAUUACCCAGGAGGCUGGGAAGUAGAGAAAAGGAAAACUCAGCAGGGUCAUGCCAGAAACUGAUGCUUUUAUUGUUGGUCGUCUUUACCAGGGUGUCAUUUUCAGAAUGUUAUAAUUAUAACUCCAGCUGAAGGUUAAAUCCACCACCUAUGUCAUGGUGGGCGGCAGGUUUACACACUGACGUGUUGCACGUUGAAGUGGAAAAUUAGUGAUAAGCAGGAAGGGGCGACAAAGAUACCACCGCUGCUGCAAUGAAGGCAUGUGGCAGAAAUGCCGGCAGGAGUUGGGAACUUUCUUUUUGGAAGGGUGAAACGUUAGGAGAGAACCCGUACAUUGUCAGCACCAUGGCAACGUAAGAUUCCAUGAAGCGCAACAUUCACAUUCGAAACACCACUUCCUCUGAUCUGAUUGCUGCUAGUGAAGAAUAUGGUUAUACCCCAAAUAAACUGCAAAUAGGAGAAACCAGUUCUGCUGCCCUUCCCUUCAUUUAAGCUGCUAGGAUGAGUAACUACUAUUUAACCUGAGGUAAAGAUUGCAGAAUUAGGCCCCAAAUUAGAAGAUGUGGUGGAGGUUUUUAAAACAGUUUAUGGGAAUUGCACACACCUCUCUUUGAAAUUAACCCCUGGGAUGCUUGGCUUUGAGAGUCUCAACUUAAUGUUUAAUAGCUGUUCCCUGCAGCAAAUCUUCAGCCCAGUUCAAUCAUUUCUCUCUCCCUGACCUCUCCCUUUUCUUUUUUAAUUGUGUGAACAAGGCUGGGUGUCUUUAUUUAUCACAUAAAAGAAACUUGACAGAUCACCAGUGCUGUAAGGAAACAAAUAUAGUGCCUGUUUCUACAGAAUCUGAGAUAGAAGUGUGGUCAUCUGCUACAUAUAUUGCUUUAUUGAAUUAUUUUCUUACAGUUAUUUUUAUCUGGUAAAGUCAUUUGCUAAAACAAGCAAGUAUUUUUAAUCCAGAGUUUGUGUUUACUAAUCCUGCUACUGCUACCAGUAAACAAAGCCACAUGGGUUCAUUUAGGAGAUCAAAACAGUCUUGGCUUGUUUAAAUACACAAUAACAUUGGAGCACAUGAUCCGACAAACUUAUGAAACUCCAAACCUUGUCUUUUUCAGAGUAGUUUUUUGAUUGUUUUAAAAAGCCGGCACAGUAUCAUUAGGUUAACAUGCAUUAGCUCAUCAAGGCUACAAUGGUGGUUGGCAUGCAUUUCCAUUUUACCAGUUUGACAGGUAAACCAAGACCUGCACUCCCAAAGCAUAGGCUUGGAUGGAAACUUACUUUUUAGCUAUCAGAGGGGUAGCCGUGUUAGUCUGAAUC